UAACUUCUAAACGAACAAGACUGAUUAAUGACUUUUGUCUUUAAAACUGUCAGGUUAAUUAUUGUGUUCUUGCUAAACUUUUCCCAUAUUGUGUAAAUUGUUUGUUCUGGUGAUACUGUUAUUACUCUGUUUAGUUAGAAAUAAUAAAUGUGUUCUUGUGCUAUUUCAUUAUAAUUGGGUUGUGUGAUUCAACUCGGUUUGAUGUGAAGAUUGGAGAACUUGUUUUAACUUUAACAUUUAUUCCUUUAAUUUUCGGUUGUCCUUGGCUUGUUAAAGUACUUUGACUGGAACGUUCAGUUACUUUGUUGUUAUUAUAAGCUAAUAUAAUUAAAUUUUAAAAUGUCAAAAAUUUCAUAAAGUACAGUUACUUAACUGGUGAACCAAUAAAUUGUGCAUCUAUCUGACUAAAUUUUGACAACUAAUGUCAGUAGCUGUGUCACUUUGUAUGAUAAGAUUUGAGGUAUGUAAUGAAACUUCACAAAUUAGUUCCGAAGACGAAACAAUGGCAGCUAAACAAAACUCUAAACAAAGAACUAGAAGGGAAGUAAGGGAAUACACAGUUGAGACUUACUCCCAUGAUGAUAGUUCAGGGCCAAAACCUCUUUUAUGCAAUUCCUAUAAAGUUGAUAAAACACUUGAAGAAGGAGAGAAAGAUUUUUCAAAGAAAGAGAUACCUUUGGAUUUUGUAAACUUUAUCUCUGGUAAUCCUUUUGUUGAAAUAACCAAAGGUAUUUUACAUUUAUAUAAAGAAAAUGAACUGACAUCAGUAGAUACAGCAGCGCGGUGUACUCAGACUGUCUGUAUUUUAGCAGUCCCUGCCUCAAUGACUUGUCAUGAUUUGUUAACAUUUCUAGCUGCCUGUCAAGGAGAUAUCAAGCACAUUAGAAUCAUAAGAGAUGGAUCACCAAAUCAGUAUAUGGUUCUUUUGACAUUCAGGUCACAGCAAUCGGCAGUAGGUUUUUAUAUGUCCUUCAAUGGAGUCCCUUUUACUUCCCUUGAACCAACAACUUGUAACCUUGUCUUUGUAUCACAUAUUGAAUCUGUGACAGAAGGAGAAGCUCAAAUUCCACCUGCACUUCACACAGAAUUGCCGACAUGUCCAGUUUGUUUAGAAAGAAUGGAUGAAUCUGUAGAUGGUGUCUUAACAAUACUUUGUAAUCAUUCAUUUCAUGGUAGUUGCCUUUCUAAAUGGGGUGAUACCACAUGUCCAGUUUGUCGUUAUGUUCAGACACCUGAACUUGUUGCUGACAACCGUUGCUUCGAGUGUAAUUCAGCUGAUUCAUUAUGGAUAUGCCUUAUCUGUGGGCAUGUAGGUUGUGGAAGAUAUGUUCAUGGUCAUGCUUUUAAGCAUUACAUGGAUACACAGCAUUGUUACUCAAUGCAGCUUGAAAACAACCGAGUUUGGGAUUAUGUUGGUGACAAUUUUGUUCAUAGACUAUUACAAAAUAAAGCUGAUGGAAAACUGGUUGAAGGACAUGUUCCAGGAAAGGAAGAAGCAAGUGAAAAAAUGGACUCCUUGCAGUUAGAAUUCACAUACACAUUAACUUCACAGUUAGAUUCACAAAGAAUGUAUUUUGAAGAUGUUAUGGCCAGAUUUGAGCAGCAAAACAUGGAAAAUAUUGCUAAAGUCAAAGAAGAUCUUGUUAGAAGUUUUGAAGAAAAUAAUAGGCUCCAAGAGAAAUUAGUCACAAUUAAGAAGGAAAAGCAAAGUAUGGACAAAAAAGUACAACAGCUCACAGCUCGUUUAACUCAGACUCAAAAUGAACUGACAGAAGAACGUCAAAUGAGUAAAGCCUUGCAAGAUAAUCAAUCUGCUUGGCAGAAAAAAUAUACUGAACUUGAGGAAAAAUUUUCUAAUUAUAAAAUUGAAAAGGACAAAGAAAUUUCUGAACUAAAAGAGCAGCUGCGGGACAUUAUGUUUUAUUUCGAAGCCGAAAAGCAGAUUAAAGCUAGUGACCAUAAAGAUGAAAUUGCAGAAGGUCAUAUUGUUGUUGGUGAAACAUCAACUACAGUUCCUAAGAAUAAGCAACGCAGAAGAAGGAGCAAUCGUCAAUAAUUCCAACAUUGCAAAUAUCUCUCUAAAAAAAAAAAUAAAUAAAUGAGAUAAUUGAAACAUCUAAAGAUUGAAAACGUGCUGGAUUUGAUCCUCAAUAAGGAGUUUUAGAAUUCAGUAAGAUAUAAUGAAUAUUUUGUAUAAUGAAUUUUAUGUAAUAUUAUAUUUUGUAUCUUUAAACAUUUUUAUUAAUUUUGCUUGUAAUUUAUUUAAUACUAUCCUAUUGAACUAAUUAUUUUCUGUAACCUACAAAUAAUGUGUGCUACUUUUAAUUUGGCCUCAGACAUUCCAGAGAAGUCCAUAGUCCAUCUAUCCAGAAAGUUAUAUUAAUAAGACUUGUAAAUUGUUGUAUUAAAAUCAAUUAUUUACUUUAAGUGUGUAAAAUAUUGUCAUAUUAUAUUUUAGGCUGUGAAUUGUAAGUAAUAAAUACAUUGAUACAAAAAAAUCAA